UAAUAAAUGAGAAACUUAAUUUCAUUUUAAUUUUAGAGACAAUAAAGAUUUGAGGCAUAUUGUAGUCUAGUAUACUGGGCAUUUGGAAAUAUUCAUAAUAAUAAUAAUAAUAAUUUUAUAAAAAAAUAUUAAUGGACUUGAUUGGGUCUGAGGAAUGUGCAAUUUGUUAAUUUAUUUGUAAUUAAUAAUAAUAACUAGUUUUAAUUGAAAUUUCAUAUUAGCAUAUGAGUUAUGACAAAGUAAACUUACGGAGAAAACGCCACUAUAAAUAAUCAAAACUCAGAAAAGGAGAAGAAAAUAAAAUAAGCUACGUCUAGUCGUCUGCCAACUCAUGGGAAAAAUCCACGUGUCAAAAUCCAAUCAACUAGCAGCAAUUAGCCACGUCAGCACCAGCCCGUUCGCUCUUCACCUCAAACCAGUCCCCUCUCUAUGUCGCCGCUCAUGGCGGUCAACGGAUCAAAUAAAUACUUCACGCCUAAUAAUAAAAACAAAAGAAAUAAGCCGCCUUUUAAUUUUCGGGACGAUUCUUUUGCUGUUAAAUUACUUUGCUGGCGUCUUUAAGCGACUACUUCUUGACGGUUAAUGCGUUGGUUCUCCAAAGGCGGUUUAAGGUUUUAGGGCAUGAGGAGAAUGGGUGGAAGUCAGAGACGUUACUCAGCGAAUUCUGACGAUUAUAAGCUUUUAGAAGAGGUUGGUUGUGGCGCCAGUGCUACCGUUUAUAGAGCGAUGUAUCUCCCUUCUAACGAGGUCGUAGCUGUGAAGUGUCUGGAUGUCGAUCGUUGCAAUAGUAAUCUGGAUGAAAUACGCCGGGAGGCUCAAACGAUGAGUUUAAUUGAUCACCCAAAUGUUGUUCGGGCAUAUUGUUCGUUCGUAGUUGACUAUAACCUUUGGGUAAUCAUGCCAUUUAUGUCGGAGGGUUCCUGUUUGCACCUCAUGAAGAUAGCUUAUCCUGAUGGAUUUGAAGAGCCUGCCAUUGGUUCUAUUCUGAAAGAAACUCUUAAGGCUUUGGAUUAUCUUCAUCGACAAGGACAUAUUCAUCGGGAUGUUAAGGCCGGGAACAUACUGCUUGACUACAAUGGCUCAGUAAAGCUUGCUGACUUUGGUGUUUCAGCCUGCAUGUUUGAUGCAGGAGAUAGACAACGUUCUAGAAAUACCUUUGUUGGGACUCCUUGCUGGAUGGCUCCAGAGGUCUUGCAGCCAGGAAGUGGAUAUAACUCCAAGGCUGAUAUGUGGUCAUUUGGCAUAACAGCAUUGGAGUUGGCUCAUGGUCAUGCACCUUUUUCAAAAUAUCCACCAAUUAAGGUUCUCCUGAUGACCAUACAAAAUGCUCCUCCAGGACUUGAUUAUGGUCGUGAUAAGAAGUUCUCUAAGUCUUUUAAAGAAAUGGUUGCGAUGUGCCUGGUGAAAGAUCAAACAAAGAGGCCAACUGCAGAGAAAUUAUUAAAGCACUCCUUUUUCAAGCAUGCAAAGCCUCCUGAGCUUUCUGUGAAGAAGUUAUUUUCUGGUCUGCCACCACUUUGGAAUCGUGUGAAAGACUUUCAGCUUAAAGAUGCUGCACAACUAGCUCAAAAGAAAAUGCCUUCAGCAGAACAAGAAGCUAUAUCACAGAGUGAGUAUCAAAGAGGAGUUAGUGCCUGGAAUUUCGAUAUUGAGGAUUUGAAAGCGCAAGCAUCUCUGGUGCAUGAUGAUGACGACAUUCAUAAGUGCAAAGGUGACUAUGAAAGAAUGAAAUCAAGCCUUGGUCAAAAGGCUUCAGCUUACUGCAAAUCUAGUUUGGGAAAGUUGAAUUUAAAUAGGGAAGUGUCUCAGGCUGAAUUUGGAGGACCAAGGAAUGUUGAUUUAUUACAGUUUGAUUGCUUGAAUGGAAAGGGAAAGAAUCCGGAAUGUGAUAUAGUCGAAGCUGGCUGCCAGGAGAUGGUUGGUUUGAGAGGAAAUGGAUCAAGCAUUGAUAUUAUGGCAUCAACUUCAGAAAAGGAUGUGCUAUUGACCAGGGCUAAAACAGUGAAACCUAGGCAAACCCAAAGUGGGCCACUCACACCUGGUGCUGUUCUUAAUCAUUCAUCUUCAGAACGGGCUCGUAACUCAGAAAGGUUUGAGAAUGAAAUUUUACCAGCAAAUGAGAAAGUUUGCCAAGUUCGUAAAGCACCAAUCUUUAGUGGUCCAUUAAUGCUUCCUAAUCGAGCAUCUGCAAAUGGUUUAUCAGCUCCAAUUAAAUCAUCAGGAGGGUUUAGGGAUUCUUUGGAUGACAAGUCAAAGGCUAAUCUGGUGCAAAUAAAAGGUCGAUUUUCAGUAACAUCAGAAAAUUUAGAUCUUGUAAAGCCUAUCAAUCACACCGCCAAGGAUUUGACCAAUGGUAGCAUGCCCACAUCAAUUCUUAUGACUCACCUUCAGAAUCUUUUUCAGCAAACCUCACUUCAACAGGAUUUUAUCACGAAUUUGUUUAAUAGCCUGCAGCCAUCUGAGUUUGUAGAUGCCACACAAAAUGGAAAGUUGCCUCUACCUCAUUGCACUGAGAGCAAUGGAAACGUUCAAACAGCAGCUUCUGAGAGGGAGCGUUUACUGCUCGGCAAGAUCUCAGAGCUCAUAUCUAGAAUGAUGAAUUUAACCAAUGAAUUGACUACUGAAAAAUUGAAAUAUGAUCAAAAGAAGAUUAAGAGAGGAAUAUGCAGGGCGGAGUUUUCGCCGGACGCGCCCCUUGCUGCCGCAAUCGGCGCGUGUAUGCUGAGUUCGCUGCUGCUUCCGGUCGCCGAUACUAGGGAUGAAGAUGGUGGUAACUCGGUUAUUGACUUAGGGGAUGCGAGGUUUGUGGCUAUGGGGAUUAUCAGCUUUAUCCCUUACUUCAAUUGGCUGAGCUGGGUUUUUGCUUGGCUUGAUACGGGGAAGCGGCGCUACGCCGUGUAUGCAAUUGUAUACUUGGCUCCUUACCUCAGGUCAAAUUUGUCUCUUUCCCCAGAAGAUAGCUGGCUUCCUAUUGCUAGCAUAAUAUUUUGCAUUUUUCAUGUCCAGCUGGAAGCAAGUAUAAAAAAUGGUGAUCUUCAAGGAUUUCAAAUGUUUAGUGAGGCUGCUAAGCAUCUUUCAUCAAGGAGUAGAGAGGAAGACACACAUUUCAAAGGACAUGAGGAACCUGAGGUGAGAAAAACAGAAAAUAGGAAUUUGCCUGAUGCUGAAGAACAAUCAAGAAAUGAGAUCCGGCAGUGGGGAAUCUCUAGAAAUCCCCCAGAACAUCAUGAACAGUCGAAUGGAGAUUGGGAUGAUGAUGGAAGUGAAUACUAGAAUGACAGGCAUCAUAACUCAGCUUCCUUGAUUUUAAUAUUUUGAUCCAAAUGAAGUGCUAGUGUCUUGGUGUACGCCGUUUAAUUAUGAAUGCUGAUCUGCUGGUUAAUUUGAUCCCCUGUUGAUAUCAAAUGGAUGAAUUACCUUGUGGAAUUUGGACAGAUGAUGGCAACUUAAGGGCCCGAGGAUAUUUGACCUCUAGAGUUCAUUUAUCAGUUCCAAACCCACAACUAGGUUUUUUGAUCCAAUAAGUUGUAUCAUUUCUCUUUUUCACCUAGCGAUUUUAGUUUUCAAAUCCCAAACAUAAGAUCUUUGUAAUGUUCCAGGUCGUUUUACAUUCAUUUCUUUCAAAUGAAGAAGAGUAAAGAAAAACGGAAUUUUCUUCUCUUUUUGGCAAUAGCAGUUCUUGUCAGAAACCAAACCUUAACCCGCUUUUAAAUCUCCUGAAAACUCUUGGGCCUCAACUUAAUGAGGGUAUUGGCUAUUGUAGAGGCCUAACGGUUCACGUUCAAGGCAUCACGCUUCUUGUGCCGCUAUCAACGGAUAUAACGGCAACGCCCCUACCCUACCCUCACUUUCCCUUCCAACUUCCAAUAUUUCCAGCGGUGGCCUAGAGAGGGGAACAACAACCUUGGCCCGCCUUCGCACCGAGACAUCCCUGUUACAAGAUUUACUCUUUUAUGCAACAAGAGCCCCUUUCAGUUGCCUGGUUCUAUUCGCCGGACUCGAACAACAAGACCCGAAUCAUGAAUCCUCCAAGAAAUCCAUUGAAAACAAAAAGGCCUUCUCCAAACGCCUUGGCCGCCCCCCUCAUCGACGCUAACCUCUACAAGGGCCUUAAAGAAAAAGAAAAAAAAACUUUCUUUUAUAUAUUGGCAAGAACCCCAUUUGUAUUUUCAAAGUGAUUUUUGUUUUUUCUUCUUCUAAAAUGCAGGAUGUGAUAAUGGUCUGAUGUGAUGAACCCAGACCACAUAGUCGUUGAAUUCAAAUCGGUUGGUGGGUUUGAUAGAAUCAAAGAAGCAUCGUACGAGUUGGUUAUUCUUCCUCUUAAAAGGCCCGAGCUUUUCGCUUAUGGCAAACUUUUGGAUCCCCAAAAAGGUGUGCUUUUGUACGGACCACCGGGGACAGGAAAAAACAUGCUUGCUUGUUAUAGAAUCUGGGGCUGUCUUUAUCAAUGUUAGAGUUUCUAAUUUAAUGAGUAAAUGGUUUGGUGACGCCCGUAAACUAGGUAAACAAAACGGGAUUUCUUUCAAAAUCAUUGCCUUGUUGUACAUUUUAAGGUUUCUAAUAUUAUUGCACUGACUGCUGUCUUUAGUAUGGCUUAUAACCUGCAUCCGGUUAUUAAAUUUAUUGAUGAAGUGGACAGUUUCCUGGGGCUGUGAUGAGCUACGGACAACGAGGCGAUAGCUGGUAUGAAAACCGAGUUCAUGGCUUUGCGGGAUGGUUUUACCACUGAUCAGAAUGCUCGAGUUAUGGUACUUGGUGCAACCAAUAAUGCUUAGGCGCUUUUCUUAAGUUCUUGAAAUUGGAAGACCUGACUGUAAUGAUAGAAAAAAGAUAUUGAAGGUGAUAUUGAAGAAUGAGAGAGUGGUGGACACUAUUGAUUUUGACCACAUAGCUAGACUGUGUGAAGGCUCUGCAAACAAGCAGCAUAUAUUCCUCUCAGGAUCUCUUGAAUGAAGAGAAGGCUGGGAAGAUACGUGAAAGUGAGUAAUAUACAUGUCACUCGUGUUACUCUUUAUACAUAUGAGAAUGUUUAUCUCCAAAUGAAUGGGUUUCUUGUGGAGAAGUUGCUUUGUAAAUGUACUUACAGGUACCACGACCAUUGUCACGGUUGGACUUGGAGAAAGAGUUAGCUACUCCAAGUAAAACACGUAUCAACAGGCAUAGAUCUUGUUCAUCAGCAUGAGUUGAAUGCAGUGAAGAUGGUUAUAGGAUCAAGUUGCGACAGAGCACAUAAAAUUUUGAAGUUCUGAAUUACUAAAUUUUGACUUGGAUGCCUAAGCCUCUGUAAGCCUUGCUGUUUUGAGUUGUGUAUCUGUACUCAGGAUAUUCAACGAAAAUAUAGUCAAGAGAAUUUAUAGAUGAUGGAAUUGGGCAUGUUGAAGAAGCUGCAAUGCCGAAGGUUUGUUUGAAGAAGAACCUGAGUUUGAAGACUGAAGCAAAGUGGAUGUGAUUGGUGAGAGCAUGGAUGGCUCGGAAUUUUUUUUUUCUUGCCUCUUCAUAUUUGAUUAAUUAAAAUACGGGGAUUGGUCUUAUUCACAAGUCAAACUUUUUAGUCAUUAUUUUUUUAUUACUAUUAACAUUUAACAUAAUAAAUUAAUAAAUACCAACAAGUGAUUGGUUCAAUCGGUUAAGAUUAUUUUUUUCGACAAAAAGAUUUUGAGUGUCGGUGAGUUUUUUUCGAUGAAGAAGUUUUGAGUUCGAGUUCUAUCAGUGAUUAU